UUGAAUAAUUACUUCCCCAACACCUUAUGAUCACUAGUCCAUGUUAGAAGAAUCAUGAAAGCUGACCAACAUAAUACACCUACCCAAACCCUAUAUUGUCCUGCUCCAAUUAGAUAUUUUAUGCAUCACUAUAAAUUGAAAGAAAACAGAAACAUUAUUAUGUUCACUCUCAUAAGUAGUACUCACUUAUACUCAAGCUGUUUUACCCUCUAAAAAUUCCGAAAUCCUCUGUUUUCCUCCGGAAAAAUGACCAACUUUGCCACUUCACUUGUACUUUUGCUCUGGUUCAGCUUGUUAUCAGUCUACGUUUCUAAUACGCAAGCUAUGGCACAAUGGCCUGUUGGACCUGUCGGAAGACCAACCAAGUUUUUUGAUUUCAAGGUUCAAACGAAAAGAGUUAGCAAACUCUGUAACAGCAAGGACAUUGUGACCAUAAAUGGAAUGUUCCCAGGACCAGUUGUUUAUGCUCAAGAAGGCGAUGCACUCGUAGUCAAAGUAACCAACGAGUCUCCAUUCAAUAUGACAAUCCACUGGCAUGGUGUUCGGCAAAUAUUAUCCUGCUGGUUUGACGGGCCUUCCUACAUUACUCAAUGUCCGAUUCAAUCCGGGCAGAGUUUUACAUACAAAUUUACGUUGGUGAAGCAAAAGGGCACUCUUUUCUGGCAUGCCCAUGUUUCUUGGCUAAGGGCAACUGUUUACGGUGCCCUUAUCGUCUACCCCAGAACAGGUGUACCGUACCCGUUUAAAUACCCCUUUCAGGAGCAUAUCAUCAUACUAGGAGAAUACUGGCUGAAGGAUGUUGUACAACUUGAUCGUGCCACCAUAGCCAGCGGGGGAAGUCCUCCACCAGCAGACGCUUUUACUAUUAACGGCCACCCAGGCCCCAACUAUAACUGUUCAAACAAUGAUGUCUACAUGAUUAAUGUGACUCCGGGAAAGACGUACUUGUUGAGGCUUAUACACGCAGGCCUAAACACAGAGAACUUUUUUGCCAUAGCCAAUCAUAAAUUGACUAUUGUAGAAGCAGAUGCAGAGUAUACAAAACCAUUCACCACAGACCGUGUGAUGCUCGGACCAGGUCAAACCAUGAAUGUCCUUGUCACCGCUGAUCAGCCAACAGGAAGAUACUCAAUGGCCAUGGGACCUUACAUGUCAGCAAAGGGUGUCCGGUUCCAAAAUAUUUCAUCCAUUGCCUACUUUCAAUACACAGGGUCUGUUUUUAAUAGCUUAUCUGUAACCCCUAAUUUGCCAAGUUUUAACGAUAAUCUUGUGGUUCAGACAAUUAUGGACGGACUAAAGAGCCUAAACAAUGUUAAUCUUUCGAAACAAAUUGAUGCCAAUCUUUUCGCCACUGUUGGAUUAAAUGUCCAAAAGUGUCACUCCAAGAAACCCAAACAAAAUUGCCAAGGCCCUAAUAAUGGGGUUAUGGGGGCAUCAAUGAAUAACAUAAGCUUUGUUAAGCCUAAAAUUUCGGUGUUGGAAGCUUACUAUAAGAAGAUUAAUGGUUCCUUUACAGAGGAUUUCCCUGAAGUACCUCUUCAAUUCUAUGAUUUCGUUAAUGGGGCACCUAAUAACAUUCCUAACAACACACAGUCAUUGAAUGGGACAAGGACCAUUGUCCUUGAAUAUGGAACCAGGGUUCAACUUAUUUUUCAGGACACUGGAACUGUCUCCACUGAGAACCACCCAAUCCAUCUUCAUGGCUAUAGCUUCUACGUUGUUGGAUAUGGCAAUGGCAACUAUGAUGAACAAACAGCAAAAUUCAAUUUAGUGGACCCACCUUAUAUGAACACAAUCGGUGUUCCUGUUGGGGGAUGGGCUGCUAUCCGAUUUGUUGCUGACAAUCCAGGAGUUUGGUUUAUGCAUUGUCACCUUGACAUACACCAGUCGUGGGGAUUAGGCACAGCAAUCAUCGUGAAGAAUGGUAAAGGAGAUCCUCAGACCCUUCCACAUCCUCCCGCUGACCUGCCAAGGUGCUAGGACAUGCAGUUAAGGACUUUUCUAGUCAUUGCCAUUUGUUUUUCUUUAUCAUCCCAACCAAGGAUUCUUUUGGAGCAAGUUUUGAAAAUUUUAUAUUGAUUCCCUUUCUCUGACAAAAUGACUGUGUGCGUGUAUACAAGUGAAGAAAAAGAACAAAAAGAUUGGAUUUAAAAUUACAGACCUCUU